UCUGUUAUCUUCUUCCAUUAAUACUAGGCCCCUUUUCUUGCUGAAUGAUCCUGCAACUUGUCUGAUUUUCAGCAUAAUAUGAGCAACUUAGAUCAGAUCCAAUACGAAGGCAUGGGAGGUACCAGUGAUAUAGAAAAGGGUGAAGUGGAUGAAAGCGUUCCAGUUCAUCUAGAACGUAAAGGUCAUUCUCAAAAGAAAAAAAAACAACGUAAAGGUAUGACUGUUGAAGAAAGGAAAAGAACCUUCAAUUUAGAGAUUUCGGUGGCCGAAUCACCUUUGCCUUUUUCAUGUUGCAUCUUCAGAGUUCCUGAGGUGCUACGAAGACAAAAAAAGGAGGCAUACACACCUGACAUAGUCUCAAUCGGGCCCUUUCAUCGAGGUGCUAAAAAAUUAAAACUCCUGGAAAAUGUGAAAAAAUGGUAUUUAAAAUGUCUUUUCUUACCACAGCGUCAGGGACAGCGCUCGACAGCAUUGAGCCUGGAUAGCUUGACUGAAAGGAUCAAGGUAGAGGAACUGGAUAAACGAGCCCGGGGUUGUUAUUCAGACCCAUGCCAUCAUCUUGACCAAGACGACUUCAUAGAGAUGCUUAUUCUCGAUGGUUGUUUCUUGAUAGAAUUAUUUCGUAAGGCACCUUCUCAACAUGAAGACAUUCGACAAGAUAAUGACGACCCUAUUUUCAACAUGUCUUGUAUGCUCGAAUAUCUGUACCAUGAUCUUCUGUUGCUAGAAAAUCAGCUACCUUGGUUUGUGCUCCAGUAUUUCUAUAAUCUAAUUGACAGCGGUAGCUCUAAACUCCUCAGAGAAGUGGUAAUCGACUUCUUCAAAGAUUCAGUGUCUGAUUUCAAAAUUUUCAGCACCCGCGAUCCUAAGAUUGAGAUUCUUCACAUACUUGAUCUGAUUAGAACUUCGCUCGUUCAUGAACAUGAAGUUAAGAAUGAAAAUGUUCAGCAAAAACAAGACUCAGGGGUCCCUAUAACAAAUAUAAAAAAAGACCUAGUCCACUUGCCACAGAGGAUACCUAGUGCUGCUUCUCUUUCAGAGGCGGGAGUUGAAUUUAAAAAUGGCACCUCAGGUUGCAUAUUGAACAUAAAGUUCGAAAAAGGCGUUUUCACCAUUCCUCCUCUGGCUAUCGAUGAGAGGACGGGUCCUUUGUUCAGGAACCUUAUGGCCUACGAACAGUGUUAUAUCAGUUGCAAACACAAGAUAACAUCCUACGCGGUUUUGAUGGAUAACCUCAUCGAUACGAACGAGGAUGUGAAUCUUCUAUGUGAGAAACAUAUAGUAGCCAACUGGUUGAGUGCCGAUGAUGCUGCGAAGUUCUUCAACGAUCUAUACAAUGACACCACAGUGAUUGACUUUGUCUACAAGGAACUCUGCGAAAACGUGCAUAAAUAUCACGAAGCUACAUGGAACAGGUGGAGAGAGAAACUGAAACGUGAUUAUUUUGAUACACCAUGGGCUACUAUCUCUUUUUUCGCAGCUUUUGUCCUCCUGGUCCUCACCUUCUUGCAGACCAUUUACACAAUACAGCCAUACUAUCAUCCUCGUUAAUAAUGUUGGAUGUCACCUAUUAUAUAUGUUUCAAUCUAUUAUUUUGUUUGCCUUUCAUUUUCUUUCAAGCUUACAAAAUAAGGCUUGGCGCGCCAUUGCAUAUGUAAUCUAUUUUGUUGUUGAUAUAUUAUUGUAUCUAAAGAGAUUCUGAAUACUAUUCUUCUUGAUCAU